GUUUAUGAUGACAAUCACCUUGAGAAGGAGGCGAAAUGCUAUCAAAGCUUCGGAGAAGACUUUUCGCAGCAUUGGUCCGGGUAUACAGUUGCGUUACCACUAAGGGAUCCGACUCCUACCGGGGCGAUUACGCCGAAUUUCUAUGGGUUCUAUUCCAAGGAAGAGGACAAGACAAAAGACAACGAGGAAAAAGUCAUAGACCGGGAUUCAUUUCUCAGCCCUAUCCUUUUGAUCGAAGAUUGCGGCAACCCAAUCGAAGUUAAGAAGCUGUCUCUUGAUGAUAGACAAGAAUGCGCCGCGCUCCUCUUCCGGCUACACCACCACGGGUGGACACACGGUUCCUUCGCACAUAGGAACAUUGUCAUGCAGAUAGGUGAUCAUGGUGACUUCCCGCUGAUGAAGUCAAGGAACGAUAGACGGUUUAGGCUGAUCGAUUUUGGGCGGGCG